AUGGCCGCCGACGUGUUCAUGCAGCCGGCGCGGCUCCUCGGGGCGGCGGGGCCGCUGUCCUCCCGCACGGAGCCCGACGAGGACUCGUCGGACACGGACGAUGGGGGCGCCUCGCCGGGUGGAGGGCGGCGGUGCGGGCCGCGGCGGGGGCAGCCCCCGGGCCCCCAGAUCAUCCACUCGGGCCACUUCAUGGUCUCGUCGCCGCACAGCGAGCACCCGCCCAAGAAAGGCUACGACUUCGACACGGUCAACGAGCAGACCUGCCAGACUUACCAGUUCGGGGCGGCCCGCGGUGGCGGCGGCGCCGGGGGGCGCCUCAGCAUCGACGCCUCCCUCACGAAGCUCUUCGAGUGCAUGUCCCUGGCCUACAGUGGAAAGCUGGUUUCACCAAAAUGGAAAAAUUUUAAAGGCUUGAAACUUCAGUGGAGAGAUAAAAUCCGUCUCAAUAACGCCAUCUGGAGGGCAUGGUACAUGCAGUACCUGGAGAAGCGCAAGAAUCCAGUGUGCCACUUUGUGACUCCCCUGGACGGCUCUGUUGAUGUCGAUGAACAUCGUCGGCCAGAGGCCAUUGCAACAGAAGGGAAAUACUGGAAACGAAGAAUUGAAAUAGUCAUCAGGGAAUACCACAAGUGGAGAACGUACUUCAAGAAAAGGUUACAGAAACAUAAAGAUGAAGAUCUUUCAAGUUUGGUCAGGGAUGAUGAUUUGGUUCUCUGGCAAAAAAGAAGGUAUGGCAGAGAAACCCCUGUCCCUAUGGAGGAAGGCAGCCUCUUGGAUGCAGAUAUGCUUAUGUCCGAGUUCACCGACACGCUGUUCUCCACGCUGUCUUCACAUCAGCUGGUUUCCUGGCCAAAUUCCAGGGACAUAGCACACUUAGGAAAUGCUGACAUGAUUCAACCAGGGCUUAUUCCUCUCCAGCCAAAUUUUGAUUUUAUGGAUACUUUUGAGCCUUUUCAGGAUUUAUUCACACCCAGUCGUUCCAGUAAUUAUUUCCCUUCUGUGUCUGCUGUCAGCUCAGCUACAACAGACAGCAGCAGCAGCCAUUCUUCCCAGUCUCCUGUCCUGCCGUCGGGUUCAUUGCCCAACACGCUUCCAGCAGGGAACAUCAGUGACGGACUGAUUGCUUCCUCAGUACCUUCUCCUGUCAUUCCUGAUGUUGGCACUGACCAGUGUUCCAGCAUUAGAAGCGGGGAAUCUUUCAUCCAGCCAGCGGACUUCACUCCCGACUCGUCUCUCAGCGAGCCACAAACUUUUAUGCCAGUGUUUCAGACGCCCUUGCCACUGCUUCAACCUGCGACACAACAGCAGCAGUCCCCGUUGCCUGCGGUGCCUCUGAAUUCUAGCUUAAGCUCUCCACCAGCUGCGUUUGCUGCACCAGAAACCCAGAAGUUUGGCCUCUGUGAAUCUACAGUUAUCACCCACACGGCUUCUGCUACGUUGACCCACAAUGCCCCUGCCACCACCUUCAGCCAGAGCCAGAACCUUGUCCUGGCAACGCAGCAGCCAGGCGCAGGAGUGCCUUGUAACCUAGCUUUCCAGACUACUGUCCUGCAGGGGCAGCCCUGGCCCCAGCUGCAGUUUCAACUGACAUUUGCACUCCCCAAAGCUGUUCCUCUGGCCAGUGCUGGGACAAGGCCCAAACAGUCACAAAAGAUAGUGCCUGCUCCGAAGCCUGAAACAGUGUCCUUAUUGUUAAAGAAUGCCUUCGUCACCCCAGCUGCCUUUCAGGGACAGUCCAGAGCUGUGAUUGUAACUCCAGCACCUUUAAAAAGAGAGGGGAUUUUGACGCCAGCCACGUCUCAGUCUAAUGUUGCAAUUGCACCAGCUGGAAUUGUCAGAGCUCCCGGGGUGACGGAGUUCCGUAGUAACAUUCUGGUUGGUCCAGCACAGCGAGCACCAAGUAGUCAACAAACCCAGCCCACAGUCUCACAUCUCUUCUCUCCUAGUGUAGUCCAGGAUGUGUUGGUGAAAGGAGAGCAAAUCCCUUCCCACAGUAGCAGUUCACAAGUUCCCUCACCUACACCUAGCCGAGACUGUCAGAAUUCAGGCCAAGCUUCCCCCUGCGCCUCUGAGCAGAGCCCCAGUCCACAGUCUCCCCAGAACAGCUGCUCAGGAAAACCUGCCACUGACCCUAAUAUGGCUGCAUUUAAGAAUCGAAGAAUGAAGCAUAUUUCAGAACAAAAACGAAGGUUUAAUAUCAAGAUUGGUUUCAGUACUCUGAACAGCUUGGUUUCAGCCAACUCCAAGUCGAUCAGCCAUGCAAUCAUGCUCCAGAAAACAGUAGAAUAUAUCGCUAAACUACAGCAGGAAAGAACACAGAUGCAAGAGGAAACCAGGCGCCUUCGGGAAGAAAUCGAGGAGCUAAACGCUACCAUCAUUUCUUGUCAACAGCAGCUCCCUGCUACUGGAGUUCCCAUAACACGGCAAAGAUUUGACCACAUGAGGAGGAUGUUUGAUGAGUAUGUGAGAAGCAGGACCCUGCAGAACUGGAAGUUUUGGAUUUUCAGCAUUAUUAUUAAGCCAUUGUUUGAGUCCUUCAAUGGGAUGGUUUCCACAACAAGCUUUAAGGAUCUGAAUCAAACUGCAAUGGCCUGGUUGGAUCAGCACUGUUCUCUUCCUGUUCUGAGGCCAAUGGUGCUGAACACUCUCCGGCAUCUAAGUACAACCACCUCAAUUCUGUCAGAUCCAUCGCACCUGCCAGAGCAAGCCGCUGAGGCAGUUAUCAAGAUGAACAAAACAGCUGGCGAAACCUAACAACCAAAGACAAUGAGUUGCUUAUACAAGGGGUGGAGAACCUGCCAGUCUAGCAGCCUGGCGAGUCUCCUUUCAGUUGGUGCACUUUAGAAAGAAUUCUCUCCAUCGCCCGAGACGUUGUUGAGGGCAUCUGGCUCUGCCUUCAGAAUAUGUGGAAGUAUGACGCAACGUUGUCAUAACGUUUUGAUUCCUCUUCAGUGCUGUGCUGUACUCCGUUAAGUGAGAAAACACCAAGCUCAGGUAAAUUUAGCAGGUUUGAGUCCUGCAGGCAGCAAUAUAUCUCCAUCAAUGCAGCAUGUGUCUAUAUGCAACAAACAUAUUUCUAUGAAACAGCUUCAAGUACUAAGUUCUCUGAAGUGUAAAUCUUGUACACCAAGGAAUGUUCUCUUCAAGGGGAAAUAUACUUUUGAUUUCGUGAAACAAAAUGUGCUUUUUAUUUUGUUUUCUGGUGUUCAGUUCCAUUUGUUUUACUUGAAUAGUGAAAGUUGUUAAACAGGAUCAUAUUAAAAACCAAAGGAGGAGAAAAAAAUCCAUCGAUGUCGACUUGUGGCAAAAAUACUAGAAUUAAAAUCUCAGGCUGUGUUUUGUGUAUUUUUAUUUUCAUGAGUGUAUCAUUGCAUAUGAUCAGUUUCAAGACAUGCUUUAUUUUCUAGCAAAUAAAGUAGCUGAUUUUUAUUAUUUUUCUUGAUAUAGCCAUUGCAAGUGAGUAGCAGGCUGUGCAGUAAGUGCAAGAAAGCAGUUUCAGAUUGCGUAGAUUCUACAAUUAGGAUAGAUACAUGAAUUUCAUGCCCAUUUAAUCUGUGAACUGUUUUCUUGCACUCUGCAUAGUUGAACUGCCUUCCUCAUAAAAUGUGCGCAUAUAAAACACAUCCAUAAAUAAAUGUAGUAGCGCUUCAGAGACAAGAAUUGAGUUUGUAAUGUUCAGAAAUCGGCUUGUUAUCUCAGAAACUAUAUCAAACCACAUAGACUUGUAGUCAGUUCUUUGCUUCUUCGUCUUUUUUGCUUGGUCUAUCUGAAAAACCUGAAGGACUUAGCUAAAUUUGGUCUGUAUGGGAAGGUUAUGUUCAACAUGAAUUAUAAAACACACAAAAAUAUGUUUAAAACCUGAAAUACGGCGUAACAUUUUUCUGUGACAGGCUCGGCAAGUACUGUGCUCUGCUGCAGAUAGUCUCGUUACAGCAGUGAUAGUCUGUCCUCCCUGAGACAACACUGGGAUAUUCGUUCCGGCUGAUUGUUCAUAGUCUGGAAUGAUCCUAUGACCCUUGUAAUUCCACUCAUUACUUGAUUCUGAUUCUUAAGAACUAUGCAAACUGUGGGUAAUGUUUCCCUGGUACCUCCCCUGAGUAGUUUUCUUACAGUUUCAAAAGCAGGCUGCCUGGAGGUGAUUCGCAGGCUAUCACAGUGCUAAAAAGAGGAGCAGCUAAAACAUUUGGGCAUUGCCCAUGCUGAAGUGGGGUCAGUAGGUUCUCCUUUGGGGGAUGUAGUUUUUCUCAGCGUUGUACCCAAUCUUCUCCACUUGGUGGGCCUAAGUUUAGAAAGAAACAAUAGGCUUAGGGAGUGGGACUAAGCAUGGGGAGUAUUUUUCUUUCUUCUUUGUCCUGAGAUUUUGUAGCUAAUGGCUUUCAUUGCAUAGUUCGCUUAUGUGUGAGCAGGACGGUAGCAAGAAGGAAGCAUGAAAGGUUAACCCCAGGGCUCUCUCCCUGAGCAGAGGUACUGUGAGUUGAGGAAUUGGAGGCUGAAGGGGACUGCUG